UCAAAGAAAGAACCUCGUAUUGUUAAAGAUGGUGAAAUUCCCCACCUUUUUCUUUGUGCUUGUCCUCCUUGUCAUCUUUGCCACUGAUGAAAACGUUGUGAUGAGGGCAAAAGCAAGGGACUGCCACAAAGUUUGGAAAUGCAAAGGCAAUAAUCGUUGCUGGGAUGACUGCAAAACCAAAUUUAAUGGAAUGGGACAGUGUGAUUUGUAUACUGCACCUCCUGUUCCUAAGCAGUGUUUUUGUGCAUACAAGUGUUAAAGUUAAUACUAUAUUAUCAGUUGAAUAAAACUUAGAUUUGUUUAUGUAAAAUUAUAAUUCCGAUGUU